AUGCCGAGGGGCAUCGCUCAGCGCUUUAGUGUGGAGGGAAUGAAGGAAGGUGAGAAUAGUUCAGUCGACUUCCAUACGUUGAAGGCUGACUCUCCGACUGCUGACCAACGCACAUUGAUUCUACAGACAAUUCUGUACAUCGUGGACGUGUAUCUUCCUCCCGUCAUCAUCCCGGUCGGUGUGUUCGGAAACAUCCUCUCGUGGCUCCUCAUGUCGCAGCCACAUUAUCGCCACUCGACCAACUCUCUCUACAUGCGAUUCCUUGCCUUCAGUGACAGUCUUUACCUCUUAACCAGGGCAACACAGCGAUGGCUUCUCGUCAUUAUCCCAGAGUUACUAACCGCGCCUGCCGUACAUAAACACUUCUGUCGCCAGUAUCUGUUUUUCGAGUCAUUCUGCCAGAUGGUUUCUUCCGAGCUUUUGGUAGUGAUGACCGCGGAUCGCCUCAUUGCAAUAAUGUUUCCGUUAAAAUCAAAACUUUGGUUAACAAUGUUUCGUGCAAGACUAUGCUUGCUGGGCAUCAUUUUGGUUUCUUUGACCAUCCACCUGCCGGCGUUUUGGCGAAUCAACCACCCCAAGUUUUCCACCUGGCUGUGCCCGUUCCACUUUCCUUACGAUGUAUUGUUCCAAACAAUCACCACGAUCAUCAAUCCGUACAUUCCGAUCUGUCUUCUCUUUGUCUUCAACACGGCCAUCAUCGCCACAGUGAAGAGGACGAGCAGUAAACGCGAUAAAAUGUCAGGGAAAAAACUUAAAGGUGAGAAAGAAAAUGACAAUAACAUCACCAGGACCCUUCUUGUUGUCUCUUUCACCUAUUUAAUUUGUCUUUUACCCUUCAAAGCCCAGAUAAUCAUCUUCACAGAAUGGAAACCAACGCACGACAAAGUUUUCUGGAAACUUGUCGACAGGCUGACCCUCGAUUUGACCAUUACGUUCGAGUUUUGUAACUACGCUUUGAAUUCCUAUUUGUAUCUUUUGGUGAGUGAGCGCUUUAGAAAGGAACUGAAAGGCCUCAUCUGUGGUAGACCUCCUUCUAAACUGGCUAAAACAUCGGUGUCAUAG